AUGCGCGCCUCUCACGCUCUCGGUGUUCUGAUACUGACCAGUGCAGCAUCGGCAGCACAACCGCAAAAGCUCACCGAGAUCUUCGAUGUCGAUAUGAGGCCAUAUCCUGCCAACGGCGGCUCUUGCAACCGGCCCCGAGACCCCAACGACGCCAACUCGCCCGUGCUCUUCGAUGCCGACGUCGACUGGCGGAAUCAAGAUAAGAUCCUCAACAAAAUCUGGAAGUAAGUAAGCCUUGUCAAAGAGGCGUGGGAGCAACAUCUUAUUACCCCCCACAAGACGUGCUAACCUUCUCUUCCUCUCAACCCACAGCCAGAUGAACCUGAUGGUCUUCCGCACAACUCAAUCCAUCACUCCGGACGGCUACAACGACAACUUCGAUCAACGCAAACUCAUGAAGUCCUUCUGGGGCAUCUCGCCCGACGCAGAUGCCGGAAACGGCGACGACCAUCAACCAAAACAAGGCAUCAACCUCGAGAAAUUGAACGAAGUCCGCAGUAAGUCUGCUCUUUCUUUUCUAAAGCCUAACAAGAUCUGUUUGAGAAAUCGCUAAACAAGAUCGAUCGAUAGAGCGGUACCAGAGCGCCCUGAACAUCAUGUGGACCCCUCGACAAGACGAGAAGUUCAAGCUGUUCUGCGGCUCUUCGCAUAUGGAAUUCCAAUGGGGCGAUGAGUAUGCCUUUGAUUACGACGGCAAUGCCAUGGCAAGAGGCACCCCCGCGGAUCCUGACCCGUGGACGAUUCGAGAAUGGGAGGAAGCGCACGGUCGUGAUUGGGGUAAGAGGGUCCCCCGACGAUGCAUGUGAUCGAUCACUCGGAGACGCCGAGGUUACUGACUGACCCUCACCGUGCAACAGAUGACCAUUGGUAUUUCUACACCAGUACGGGUGAUGGACCUGGAGAAGUACGUUUCCUCUUCCCAAAACCCCAAAAACCCAGAACUUCCUCAUGAGAACGAUUUCAGGGCUGACGGUCUCUACCUUAGUCCGGCUACCUCCUCCUCCGCAAAGACGACUGGCCCGCGAUCCCCCAGAUCAUCCACGGCCAACUCUACCACUUCCCCUUCCCCUGGGACCCAGCCACCGAACAACCCUCCCUCUGCGCCGGCAACAACCAAGCCGCCGCCGUGCUCAUGACGGACGAGGACCUCCCCGACAACGCCCCCGGCGCCGGCGCCAUUUUGCUCGAUUGGCAUGUGAUCCUGUGCACUCCCCAGGCCUUCUCCCCGGCUCAGGGGCGCGAGGAGAUCCCCGACGAGGCCCAGCCCGUCGGCACGCACCUGGAUACGCUCGAAGUCCUCGCGCUCACUUUUCUGCAUGAGAUGUUCCAUCUGCAGAAUUAUGACGAUUCCGCGGAUCAGCGGCCCUUUCGCCCGCUUAAGGGUGAUGAUGAUGGGAAACCCGUCCCGGA